AUGCCUGGUGUUUGCAUGCUGCGAUUUCGUCUCCUUCUUUUCGCGGCCUUGUGCAUCAUUAGCUGGCUCAGAGAUACCACAGCGGACGGGCUUUUCCCAAGCGAUCAUGCAUCGCAACCUGCGAAAGACAGUGGAUCGGCCCAUACGAAUAACUGGGCAGUCCUAGUAUGCUCGUCGCGAUAUUGGUUCAACUAUCGACACAUGGCGAAUGCGUUAGGGAUGUACCGCACCGUGAAGCGGCUGGGGAUUCCAGACUCAAACAUCAUCCUGAUGCUCGCUGACGACGCGGCGUGCAAUCCGCGAAACAAGUUCCCCGGCUGCAUGUACGCAAACCAGGACCGGCAUCUCGAUUUGUAUGGAGACAAUAUCGAGGUGGACUACAGGGGAUAUGAGGUGACGGUCGAGAAUCUCCUCAGAGUGUUGACGGGUCGUAUGGAGCCCUCCGUUCCCCGUUCGAAGCGCCUACUCACGGACGAUCGAUCCAAUAUCUUCGUUUACAUGACGGGGCACGGAGGUGACGAAUUCCUCAAGUUCCAAGACAAUGAAGAGAUCAGUGCGUUCGACAUCGCUGAUGCCUUCGAGCAGAUGUGGCAAAAGAAGCGCUACAAUGAAAUAUUGUUCAUGAUCGACACUUGUCAGGCCAACAGCAUGUUCUCAAAGUUCUACUCUCCCAACAUCCUUGCGACGGGAUCUUCCGAGGUCCAUGAGAAUUCUUACUCUCAUGAGAAUAACUAUGAAAUUGGCGUGGCUGUCAUCGACAAAUUCACACAUUACAUCCUCCAGUUCAUGGAGGGAAUUAACAAGACAAGCCAGGCGUCAAUGAAAGACCUCUUCGACACAUAUGAUUUCAAGAAGAUUGAGUCACACGCGGGCGUGCGCUCGGACCUCUUCAAUCGUCGUUUGGAAGAGACACUGGUGACGGAUUUCUUCGGCGGCAUAGCACAGGCAGAAGUCUUGUCCUCUGCGAUUGAUGAGCCCGUCUUGGAACCCGACGCCCAGCUUAUUUCCUCCGCAGAGGCCGAGGAUGAAUUCGAUAUGGACAUGCCAUUCCUCGGACUUCCAAUAGAAGCAGAAAAUGGUUCUACUGCUAGAGUGCCACCCUUCUCACAGUUCGCAGAGUACAUGGGCCGCUGA